AUGGACGACGAACACUGGCUUUACUCCCGAACCAGCACCACUACCCCUACCAAUUCAACGGAUUCCUCUGCCUUUUCCUCCACGGAAGCGGAGUCAUACCGAGCAAAGAGAAGGUCGAGAAAGCUUGCGGAUCAAGGUACUAGAUCAAGUGACGAGAGUCAGAAAACCAAGAGAACGUCGGUCCUGGAUAAUGCUAGAUUAAUCUCCAAGUCGUAUGGUGUUAAGAAUCUUAAAGCUGUGAAGUUGCUUGAGGAGUUAAAGAGACCGAAGCAGCCUGUGUCUCCUGGAGCACGUCUCACCAGCUUCCUUAACUCAAUCUUCCAAUCUAACGCCAAGAAAGUGAAGCUUUGCUCUGUCAGUAAGACCACAGAGGUCAAGUCUACUUCCUCAAGAUCUUGUUUCAGCCGAACCAGAUAUACAACCGACAACAACAACUGUAAUAACUUGAAAAGAUCGGUCAGAGACUAUCCCGUUAGAGGAGCCGUCGACGGAGACAGCAGAGACUCUAUUUACAAUAACAUUACUCGCAAGAAAAGACCCAUUCCAGAGUUUACUGGAAAGAAGAGUGUCGGAAUUAAGGCUAAUAUUCAUCAUAAUGAGUUGACUUGCAUCACAAGAAAAAUCAGUUUCAAAAAUUCUAUAACAAGUUGUAGAGAUGAAGAUGAAGAAGAGGAGGAUGAUGUUUGGAGUUACUCAAGCUCGGAUCUGUUCGAGCUCGAUAGUCACCGGAUUGGUAUCACUACAAGAAAUAGAUCCGUUUCCGACGACUAUUUCCGUCAGAGAAUGGUCGGAAACACUUUUUUCUAA